ACUAGCUAUUUAUUGAUUAGCAAUUGCCGAGUCAUGUAACAUUAGCUUAAUGCUAAAAAGCCAGGUUUCUAUCACAUUCUGUAACAGACAAAUAAUUUCAUGUAGGCUAACGUUACCUACCUGCUACCUCUGUCUUUUCUCGUUUCUCCUCUUCUUUUCUCUUUUUUCUUCCCUGGGCACCUGACAGUUUUGGCCGUUUUGACAUCUUGUGUUGAUUUUUUGAUGUGGUGACGUCCAAAAAGAGUCAUGAUACGGGAAGGGAGGGGGCGCACCGUGCGGGGGGAGGAGGGGGGGCGUAAUGUUGUAACAAAUAAUAUUUCUAUUAAAUAGGCUUUACUUUGCAUUUUAAUUAACGUGAGAUUAUUUUUUUGUAUUUAGAAAUAAUAGUAACAACUUUUUUUUUUUCUUUUUUUUUCUCCAACAUUUGUGGCACUGGCAUGGCGCCCCCUGAUGGACGGCGCCCUUAGCAUUUGCCUAUACGGCCUAUGCCACGGGCCGGCCCUGGAUGAAAGUAUUGAAAGAGGAAAAGGGGGCGUGGCCGAAGUCACGUGAUGAAGGACAAGUAAGCGCCACAAGAGCAGAACGAGAUCAAGAACUUCCACUCUCCUCCUGACCACCAUCAGACGCGGCGUGUGGACUCAUGUUCCUGCCGGAUGGACCCACGCUACUCGCGUCCUCGCCUCCAGCCAUGCACUUCUACCACCAGGAGGGUAUAACGUGGGCGACCAUGUUGGGUCAAAGCGUGCGUCUGCAGCCAGUGGCCAUCCAGAACCUGUCGGAAAUGGAACGAGCCAGACUCCAGCAAGUGGCCUUGUACCACCUGGACCAGAAGGAUCUGGACUUUAAGAUCAGCAUUCCCAGAGAAGUACGCAAACAGAGAAAAUCCCUGCGGAGGAAGUUUGACUCUUUUUCCAAAGAAAAAAAAGAGCGUGAGUCCGCCCCCAAGGCGUUUGGCAUCCCCCUCUCGCAGGCCAUCGCCAACGACCGCGCCUUCAAGCGGCAUCAGGACGCCCUAAAGGAGAGCCGGCGGGACUGCUUGGAGUUAGAAUCUAGCAUUCUGCGCUUCAGGGCCGAAAAGAGGCUGUUCUUUAACAGCAACAAGACGCUGGGCGGCUCGUCCUCGCUUUCGGGUGGUCCCGCGCCUGCCAACUCUGUGGCCCGGGCGCCACCAUUUGAGGAAACGCAGAAUAAGCCGCUUUUGGACAAUAGCGGGCGAGGACAGAGACGGGGCGGCCUGUCUGUGGACUCCAUCUCAGACCUUGUGGACAGUCAGUCUCGCCUGCUGGAGGCACUGCAGCUUUCCCAUCCGGCCGAGCUGGAGCUGAAGAAGAGCGGCAGCUCGUCCGAGGGGAGGAGCCAAAGCAAGCUGAGCCUCAACCCCAUCUACCGGCAAGUUCCGCGGGUUCUGGAGCGCUGUUGUUGCCACAUCGAAGCCCACGGUCUCCAGACGGUGGGCAUCUUCCGAGUGGGCAGCUCCAAGAAAAGAGUGCGGCAGCUGAGGGAGGACUUUGACGUCGGCGUGGACGUGCAGCUGGAGGAGGAGCAAAGCGUGCACGACGUGGCAGCCUUGCUCAAAGAAUUCUUGAGGGACAUGCCGGACCCUCUGCUCAGCAGAGAGCUGUACCCCGCCUUCCUGCACGCUAACCUUCUCCGAGGAGCAGAGCAGCUGCAGUUCUUGCAGCACCUCCUCUACCUGCUGCCUCCCUGCAACUGCGACACGCUCCUGCGCCUCCUCACCUUGCUGCACACCGUGCAGAGCUUCGCGCAGGACAGCGUGGACACCAACAACGAGGAGAUCCCCGGCAACAAGAUGACCGCCGCCAACCUGGCCGUCAUCUUCGGGCCCAACUUGCUGCAGAAGGAGAGAGGAGGAGACGCGGGCCUGCACGCCAUGGACAUCGAGGACAGCACGGCCAUCAUCAACGUCACGCUGGUGCUGGUCCAGAACUACAGGAGGCUCUUCAUGGUUUCGGCUGAGCUGCAACAGGAAGUCCUGAUGAGUCUUAUCCAGACCGAUCCUGACAUCAUCGACUAUCUUCUUCGCCGCAAACUCAGCAGCAGUCACGUGACGGAGACUAGCAGCGAGUCGGGGGGCCGCCGGGACACGGGAGCCUCUCUGGACUCAGUGGGCGCCUCCAGCGGGAGUCUAUCACCGCUGGAGACCCCUUCGCCCCUCUUCCCCCCUGACGGGAGUGGCGGCGAGGGCAGCCUGACCAGCGAGGUCUUCCUCAACGUGCUCAAGCUGAACCAAAGCAGGAAGCGACAAGACGCCAGAUACGGUGAUAUCCGGCCGGGUAAAUCCAUCCACCACAUGCGUCAAUUCCACUCCCACCACAACCUGCUGAGCCUGGUCCAGAAUCCCUCCUUCUGCUCCGCCGCCAGUCUGCACGACUCGUUCACAGGGGGCGAGCACAGGGGCUCCAUGCUGGGCGGCGCAGGAAGCGGUGGGUCUACGGAGAGUAACAUUUGGGUGAGGCAGACGCCUGCUGAGGAGGGCAAGGCCUCACCCUCUGCCAGCUUCUGGGACUUCUUCACGGGUAAAGGGUCGAGUUCGGAGACAGUGGUAUGAUGGAUGGAAGGGGGAAAGGGUCAGAGGUUAAAGGUCAAAUUAUGCUUCAAAACCUGCUUUUAUGUUUGACCUGUAAAAUUGCAUUGGCCAUGUUCUACAUAGGCAUCCUGUGUACAUAAUGUCUUUUUACACAUUUUAUCUUGAUUGUAGCAGCCUUGAUAUUUUGUUUCACUUUUGUUUUGAGUGUGAAUGUUGUCUAUCUGCGAUGAGGCGGCCACUUGUCCAGGGUGUACCCCGCCUACCGCCUGUGCAGCUGGGAUAGGCUCCAGCCACCCCGAGAGGGACAAGCGGCUGAAAAAUGAAUUUGCAAUAAAGUAUCCACUGUGAGGAAGACUUUAAAGCAGCCAAAUGCAA